AAAAAUUUUUCUAUUUGAGCACCUCCAACUUGACAUUGAUGCCCCUGUAACGCAGUCAUAGUUAGGUCGCCUGUUUGGCGAGUUAUCGAAAGCUCGAUCCUCAGCAAGGGCAAGUAAAAAAAUUGCUUCUUUUUCGCUUGCAAUUUUUUUCUUCAAAUGCCGUUUGGCUGCUUUCCCUCAGACGGGAUGCCCUCUUUUGACGAUGGGUGUAAUUUGAGUGAAAGGUUUAAGCUUCAAAGGCCAUAGGCAGUACCUUACAUUACAUUUCUUGGAGUAUCUGGCGUAUAAAAACUGCUUUGGUUGUAAGGUCAUAUCGAAAAAGAAUGGAAGGGCUUGUGGUGGAAAAGCAUGUUAAGUACAUUAUAUCAGUUGAAAAGAGGAAAGAUGAUUUCGAAUCUGUGGUGAUGGAGCAUCUAAGAUUAAAUGGAGCUUACUGGGGAUUGACAACGCUUGAUAUCCUAGGAAAGAUUGAUGUAGUGGACCGAGAUGAGGUUAUUCCUUGGAUCAUGCAGUGUCAAGAUGAAUCUGGUGGAUUUGGUGGUAACAUUGGACACGACCCACAUAUCUUGUAUACCCUUAGUGCCAUCCAAGUUUUAGCGCUAUUUGAUAAGCUUGAUGUUCUUGACACUGGCAGGGUUUCAAAAUAUAUUGUCAACCUGCAAAAUGAAGAUGGUUCUUUUUCUGGUGACAUGUGGGGUGAAGUUGAUACAAGGUUCUCUUACACUGCAUUAAGUUCUCUUGCACUGUUGCAAUGCUUGGAUGCAAUUGAUGUGGAAAAGGCAGUACAAUACAUUUUAAGUUGCAAGAAUAUGGAUGGUGGAUUUGGUUGCACACCUGGGGCAGAGUCACAUGCCGGACAAAUUUUUUGUUGUGUAGGAGCUCUUGCAAUAACGGGCUCUUUGCAUCAUGUUGACAAAGAUCUCCUUGGCUGGUGGUUAUGUGAAAGACAAGUUCAAUCUGGAGGUCUUAAUGGCCGCCCUGAGAAGCUUCCUGAUGUCUGCUACUCUUGGUGGGUUCUUUCCAGUUUAAUUAUGAUAGACAGAGUUCACUGGAUUGACAAGGAGAAGCUUGUAAAAUUUAUUUUGGACUGUCAAGAUAUAGAAAAUGGUGGAAUUUCAGAUAGGCCAGAUGAUGCAGUUGAUGUUUUCCAUACCUAUUUUGGGGUUGCUGGACUUUCGCUCUUGGAAUACCCGGCACUCAAAGCUAUAGAUCCAGCAUAUGCUCUUCCUGUUGAUGUUGUUAAUAGAGUCAUCUAUCACAAGUAAUGGGUCAGUUUACCAUCGUCUCAUUCCUGCGAUGCUGACUCUUGAUGAAUUUUCAUUGACAUCAACUUUAAGCGGAUUUAAUUAAGCGGUUAAAGGGAUGUGCUCUGAUAAGCUCAUGCAGUGAUGCUUCUAGCCCUUGGAAUUUCAUCAUUGUUUUAGUUCUGUGAGGUGUAUGUGUUGUCGCUUUAAAAUUCCCAAAUCCUAAUGUCCUAUAAAAUGGGGAGAGUCUAGUGUGGCUGUGAACAUGGUAUCUGUUCAACUUUGUUUUAAAUGGCCAAUAAGUUUGUGUCCCUUCAGAUAUAUGCAUUUGACAGCGAGGUGCUUCCGCAUGCCCUGGUAACUUAGUCAGAUCUUAAAGUUAUCAGGACAAUAUUUUGUUUGUGUAAGUCAAUGUUCUCGGUGCCGCAUCAAUGACUAGUCCGUCUCAGAACUCAGUCAUGUCUUCCUUCAAACUCCUAGGCUUAAGAUAUUUUUUGUAAAUACAUAUUAACUGUGGAAAAUGUUCGAGUAUGGAUGGAAAAAACUCAUACAUGAAUGUGAUGUUUAAACCUGUUGCCAAGACACAGUUUGUCACAGAUUAACUGCAAAUGAAAUAGCUAUAGCAG